AUGCCAAUGAAACCAGUGAAGCGUGGAUAUAAAGUGUGGUGCUUAGCUGAUGCUAGUACUGGGUUCAUCAUAAAUUUCGACAUCUACACUGGAAAAAGAGAUACAAAUGAUACAUCUGAAUUUACUUUGGGUGAAGAAGUUGUGCUUACUCUAACAAAGGCAAUGGAUGGCAGCAAGAGGCUGGUAGCUUUUGACAAUUAUUUUACAACAGUACGAAUAAUGGAAGAGUUACAGUCUCAUGGACUUUAUGGCAUCGGAACUGUUCGUCCAAACAGGAAGAAUUUGCCUGAUAUGCUGAAAAAAAAUUCCAAGCUUAGCAGGGGAGAAUUCGAAUUUGCUGCCAGGUCAUGUGUUGCAGCAGUGAAGUGGCAGGAUAGUAAACCUGUUUGUAUAUUAUCAAAUUACCACAAUCACAAACACAUUACAACUGUUUUGAGAAGAAACAAAGAUGGAAGCAGAAGUGAAGUAUUCUGCCCAUUGGCUGUGGCAGAGUAUAAUAAAAUAAUGGGAGGAGUGGAUAGAUUUGAUCAGCUGCGUAAAUGGUAUGCUGUAGGCCGUCGUUCAUGGAAGUGGUGGAACAGACUUUUUUUCUUUCUUGUAGAUUUGGCAGUUGUCAAUUCCUACGUUAUGUGGAAGCUACAGAAGACAGAAGCAGACCAGCUAACAUUUAGAUUGCACUUGGCAAGGCAGCUUAUCUCUGGCUUCUCAAGUCUUAAGAGAAGAGGAAGGCCCGUUCAUUUUCAAACACCAAAAAGAGGUGUGUCUGGAGUACCAGAUGAAGUUCGUCUGGAGAAAGUUGGAACUCACUUCCCUACAAAAGAUUAUCCUGUGCACUCAAAGCGAAGGAAGUGUGAAGAACAUUAUCAAUCAAGAACAGAGCUAAAGCUGAACAUCAACUAG